GCAGCCUCAAAGGGCUAUGCUGAAAUCGUCCAUCUCCUACUUCAGCACAAUGCCAAGCCAGACUUUUGCGAUGAGAAUGGGUGUUAUCCUCUCCACUGGGCAGUUUCUGAGGCAAAUACAGACAUCGUCACGAUUUUGCUGGACAACGGAGCAACCAACCCCAAUCUCCGCACUCUUAUUGGAUCAGCUCCCUUACAACUCGCAGCAGAUUCAGCUCAAGUCCUAGAUGUCUUGUUGAUUCAUGGGGCCGAGAUUGACUCUGCAGACAAUAAUCGUGGUCUUACAGCACUUAUGCGAGCCAUAAAAUGGCAAAAUGAAGAAUCAGUCAAAACCCUUCUUAGACAUAAGGCCAGUGUUAACAUUGUCAACAAGAGUGGCCAGACAGCACUGCAUAUUUCGGCAGCUAAGAGAAGCUCUCACAUUACUCACCUUCUGCUAGAGGCUUCGGCUGAUGUUUCCGCCGCGGACUAUGAAGGAAUGACACCACUGCAUUACGCUUCGUUGUCAAGCGAGGAUGAAGAUAUUCCUAUUGAACACGUCCAAGCCUUGUUAGAGAAGGGGGCAAUUCCCAACUGCAAAGACAAUAAAGGGCAAACACCUCUCCAUUACGCGAUCACCAAAUGCGCACAGUUGAUCAUGGAGAAGCUAGUUGAG